UAAGCUCAAAUUUGAGAAAUUAGGUUUGUUUUCAUCCUUUCUUUGUCUCAGUCACUUAGUUUUUGGGUUUUAGUAGACUCCUUUGUAUUUUUUAACCCAAAAAUUGCAAUGUCAAAAGUUUCAGUCUUUUGCAACUUCUGCUGUGUUCUUUUGUGAUUUGAGACAGAAGAGAAACUUAAUUUGUCUUUAAAGCUAACAUUUUUAGGUAGCAAAAAUUAGUAUAUUGAGCAUAAAGUUAACAAAUUUGAAGUUAUUUAAGAUGAUUGAGGAUAUGGUUUUCUAUUCUGAUAAGUAGGAAGUUGAUGAAGUGAUAAUGAAGCUUCUUUGAAAUGUUUUUACUUUUUAGAAAUGGAAGCAAAUAGAGAGAAGUAUGCUGCUGAUAUAUUGUCCAUAAAAGAAGCUCAUGACCGUAUUAAGCCGUAUAUACAUAGAACUCCGGUGUUAACAUCUGAAUCGUUGAAUUCAAUCUCCGGAAGAAGCUUGUUCUUUAAGUGUGAGUGCCUUCAGAAAGGUGGAGCUUUCAAAUUCCGUGGAGCUUGCAAUGCUGUUUUGUCUCUUGAUGCUGAACAAGCAGCCAAAGGAGUUGUAACACACAGCAGUGGAAACCAUGCUGCUGCAUUGUCUUUGGCUGCAAAGAUUCAGGGAAUACCGGCAUAUAUUGUUGUACCAAAAGGUGCUCCAAAGUGCAAAGUUGAUAAUGUGAUCAGGUAUGGUGGUAAGGUUAUAUGGAGUGAAGCAACAAUGUCUUCUAGAGAGGAAAUAGCUUCAAAAGUUUUGCAGGAAACAGGUUCAGUUCUGAUCCAUCCAUAUAAUGAUGGACGCAUUAUAAGUGGUCAGGGUACAAUUGCAUUGGAACUGCUGGAGCAAAUCCAAGAGAUUGAUGCUAUAGUUGUGCCGAUAAGCGGGGGUGGUUUGAUAUCUGGUGUGGCGCUUGCUGCCAAAUCUAUUAAGCCUAGUAUCCGGAUUAUAGCCGCUGAACCAAAAGGAGCUGAUGAUGCGGCUCAGUCUAAGGUCGCUGGUAAAAUCAUCACUUUACCUGUGACUAAUACUAUAGCUGAUGGCCUUCGAGCUUCUCUUGGAGAUUUAACCUGGCCGGUGGUGAGGGACUUGGUAGAUGAUGUUGUCACCUUGGAAGAGUGUGAAAUAAUCGAAGCCAUGAAAAUGUGCUAUGAGAUACUGAAGGUCUCUGUGGAACCAAGUGGAGCUAUUGGCCUUGCAGCAGUUUUAUCAAACAGUUUCCGCAACAAUCCUUCUUGUCGUGAUUGCAAAAACAUAGGAAUUGUACUCUCAGGAGGUAAUGUUGAUUUGGGCUCUCUAUGGGAUUCAUUUAAGAGUUCAAAAUAAACACCUUUGCUUAUUGCAUUUCUUUCACGACUUCCUUAGAUAUCAAUGAGAAUGGCUGUAUUAUCC